GCUCGAGAGACUGGCCGGGCCAGCUUCUGGGGCCCGUGCGGCUUCUCCUCAAAUUCUAUCCCACCACCGACGACCUCCACAAGCCAGCAGCUCAAGCGGACAGUCGCGCUGAUGGGCUUUCGCGCUCGCUAGUUAUCGCCAGACCUUUUCUGCGGAGUUUCUGCUAAAUAUAAAG